AUGACAAGCUGCAUAGCUCGCGGGGGACUUUUCGUUUUAUAUUAUUUACUGCCUGUCCUCCAUGCGAAAAUGAGUGACUUGGGUCUGAACAUACAUCACACGGAAGUGAUAGCCAAUUACAUGGCUUUCACCAAAUUGCAAAGGGUGCAGAACCUGCGAACGAUUGAUGGAUUGUUCCAAGACGUGUUUGAUUCGAGAUUAUUGGACAGCUCUUACACGGUAGACGAAGUUCAAGACAUUCUGUACAGUUUGAGGAAACUGCUGAAGGGAGAGUUGGAAUCUGGGCUGAUGGACGUGAAUCACAUGAACGUGCUGAUGUUGCAGCAGCUGUUCUCCCAAGCAGAAAACUGGCAUUUGAAACUUGAGAUUAACCUGUCAGAACUGCAAAAUAGGUCUCUGUUAGAAGUGGUUAAAGAAAUAGAUCAGAAUGGAUUUGCGCCACAGGAGAAUAGAAUGAAAAAGUCUGAUGACCCAAACGAUCCAGUUGGCUUACUGCAAUUAGAAAUCAAAAAGCUCAACCGGGAUAUAAGAAACAAUGAAGAUGAAAUUGAAACACUCAAAUCAAAACUGGCUGAGCAAGAAAAAGAAUUUAUUAAUUUUGGAAAUGCCCGUCAUCUGGAUACUCGCAAGGAAGAAAAAAAUCCAGAAGAGCAGAAAAAUGUAGUUGUGGAACUGCAGGAAAAAAUUAAAGAGCUGGAGGAAGAAAUCAAGAAUGCUGACAAAAACAAAGAUAUUUUGGUUUCAAGUGAGUACCAGGACCACAAAUCAACAAAGGAAACGCUCCUGCAGACACAAAGUCAACUUAAACUUGCUGAACUGGAGCUUGAACGAAAGUUUAAGGAGACAACUGCAUUUAUUAACAUGAAAAAACUUCUAGACAGCAAAAACGAACAGAUAAAAAUUUUGAGAAAAAAAUUGGAAAAUUUAGAGGAGCAUUCUGGCAAGACGGAUUUAAUCGAGGAAUCUGAAAAUGAUGAAAGUUCAGAAAAAUCAACGGACGCGGAUGAAUAAUUUUUCAGAUAUUUCACUUUCUUGGCAAAAGAUUAUUGGGGUUUUCAGUUGUACAGAAAUAAUUUUUGGAUUUAUUCUUCAUUUAUUUUUAUUAUUGUGUGGUUAUAUUUCUCAUAAUAUUUUUUAGUUAUUCUUUACCAAAUAAAAACAAUAAUCGUUUAAUAAAACAUUAGGCUCCUUGUGCAAAAAUUAUCUAAAAUUGCUAAAAUGUUUAAUUGUUAUCGAUAAAAUAAAAUAUUAUAUUAUUAUGGAUAUAUUAUGUAAAA